AUGAAAAAUACAAACGUGCGCAACACCGUCUACCGAGAUGAGUGUUGUUCUCCGUGUCUCCUUCAGGAUGACGUAAACCGCGAGGUAGACAGCGUAUCACUUGGAAGGAAGGGUGUUGUUGGGUUGUUGGUAGUAUUGUACGGCUUCCAGGAUGGGGUCACCGUGUGUUGUUGGGUGUUGGUAGUAUUGUACGGCUUCCAGGAUGGGGUCACCGUGACCCCCUCUGUGCUUGGCUGGAGCUGUUGCAAGAAAUGGGCGCUAAUCAAUGUCAGUGGCGUUCGUACCGUCAGUUUCUUUCCAGAUUGUCUGAUUGAGCGGUUGGAGGUAGGACAGUACGACUUUACCCCCAGACCGCCUCGUACCACGAUUACUCGUAGUGCGGGGUCUCGCUGCUCUCGGUCUGGCUGCUCCCCUUUGGCCUUCCUGGCAUGGUUGUGCCUUGUGGAACGAAGUUCCAGCCAGUCUAGCCCGCGGGAUCAUUGCGGCACUCAAGCCCGACCACCACGUCAAGCCCGACGAAUUAUCAGACGUCAAGCAAAAAUGAGCGUGCACCAUAGUGAGUGGAGCAGAAAGCCAAGGACCGGCACAGAGUUGCACGACCGUUCAGCAAGGUACAGCACAUGCCGACCAAGGAGCCUGGUUAUUAAAACGGAUGAGUCCCAGGAAGACGAGAAUACCCGAAGAUUAUCCCAGUUGGUCCAUGCGACCGGUGAUCGGAAACCACCUGUGAGCGAAACCAUCAAGGAUCAGAGUGAAGCGAUCAUUUCGAAUAAAAAAGAACGGUUCGACGGUUAG